UUUAGAAUUGUAACUUAAUCAAUUUCUCAAUUUCUCUCGAUACUGAGGAUCGAAACACUCAGAUAAUAAUUGGAUUGAAGCGAUAAUCAAUCAAUUAAUUUCGAGUUCUAAAAUGGAAUCUGAAUUGUCUGAACAUGAAGAACAUGGAAAAGGUGAAAAAUGUUCAGUAUUCAGUGAGAAAAUUUGUGAUUCAUGUAAACAUGAGAUGGAAAAUACGAUUAUUGAAAAUAUCGAAACAUUGGAAAAGUUUUUACUUUUCUUAUUCGCAGUUCGAUCGGGUUAUUCUCAGGUGAAUCAUGGACGUUCGAAUAAAUUGAAAUACUUCGAACUUCACAAUAAAAUUAUUCGUAUUUUCUUGAUUCUCCAAGCGAUUCGAUUUAUUCUCCUUCUAAUAUUUGACAGCGAUUUUUUAUCCAUUAUUCUGGCCGAUCCAUUUAUCCAUUUAUCCCGACGCAAAGUGAUCUUCAUCUUAGUCAUCUAUGCAAUAGUCGCUUUAGGACUUUUUCGUGAAUAUGUUCUGUACCUUGAGGGGCGAAAUUGUUUCUCUUUCCUUUCAACAUUUUCUCAAGUUCGAAAGUUAGGCUUUGAUAAGCGAUCCUUUAAGAUGACCAAUGCUAAACUCCAACGAUUUCGAGUGAUUUUCCUAAUGAUUUCCAACUUCUUCAUCGGCCUCAUGUAUUUGUGCUACUUUUUUGUACCAAUUCUACUGAUCUUGGUUCGUUUUAACAAUAAAAUUUAUUCCGAGAUUCUCUCCAUCAACAUUGCGAGUCUCCUUUGGGUACCCUUGGAAACUCAUUCCAUUUACUUUGCCGUUUGUGGUGUUUUCAUAAUCGCUACUCACAUAAUACUCAUACUUCCGUAUUAUUAUUUUCAGAUGAUGAGUUUAGUUGAAUUAUUGGAACAGUUUAUCCUGAAGAAAGAAUCGGUUUCUUUGGACAUUUUUCGAGGGUUAAGUUCAAACACAAUACGAUUUCUAAAUGGUUUCGAUGAUCUUAAUCGAGAACUAAAAUAUUUAAUAUCUUAUGUGUUCGUAAUAUUUUCCUUCAUGGGUGACACUUUCCUCUUUUCGGGUGUCAUAUUGACCCAAGCAUCCACCAUGUUGGCGAUCAUUUUUGCGGCCUUCGGAAUGGUUGUUCUAAGUGUCAUUGGAAUUGAAACUUUCAUUGUCGGAGGUUUUGUCUCUCAGCUUCUUGUUAUCAAUCAACUUUAUCUUAAGCUAAUGAGACGAUCAAAGUUUAUUACUACCAAAAACCUAAAGCUUUUUGAAGUAUUGUCCAGAAUCACCAGUCCUUUCAAUGGACUUAAAAUCGGAGAUAUAAUAACCGUUAAUCGUAUGGUAUUUGUUCAGUAUUUGGUUGAAAAUGCUUCAGUUAUUAUGCUUCUAUCGGUAAAUACUAGAAGUUUACUCGAAUAG